AUGACUUGUUAAUUUUGUUAACAUGAAUGGUGUUGGAUUUGUGGAAGCGAUUAUACAUCAAUUCAUUAUGCAAUUUUCAAUCCUUUUGGUUGUCCUGCCUUGAUGCCAGGUUGGAUUCGAUAAAAAGAUUGGUCUUAUGUUAAGUUAAUUAUAUGGAGAUUUAUUUGCUUUAUACUCUUAAUUAUAUUCACUCCUAUGUUUGUAUUAGUAAUUGCUCCUUUGUUUUGUAUAGCCAAACUAAAAUAAACAAGUUUUUACAGAGAUAAAAAUUGUUGGAUAUAGGCAUGCUUGUUGAUUCUCGCUUUGUUAAUAGGUGUUGCACUUAUACCCAUAGCUGUUGUUGUCUUUGCUGUUGGUAUUAUAUCUUACUAUAUUUAGCUUUGGUGCCUUCCAUUAUAGGAAUAAUAGUAUUUUAUUAUGAUGAAAGAAAAAGACUAGAAUUUAGACAUCAAACUGCCUUAUCCAGACAUUUCCAAUAAAAUGCUUGA